UCGACCUAGAAGUUAAACCAACUUAGCUUGGCAUCGAUCAAAUUCAAUCGCCCAUUGAAUUUGAUACGAUCGGUCGCGUCUUCACCUCUUCCUCCUCCACGUCCGCCAGGAUUAAGCGCACGCACCAGCAAAGGAUUACCCAAUACAACAGCCACUCGUAGCAGUCCGAAAGUGUACACCAUGAGAAGUGCACUGUUCGUCGUGGCGCUUUGCGCUGUGGCUCUGGCCACCGCAUCGGCCGACACCCAUGAGCGUAAAACUCGUGCCGCCGAGGGAUACUUCUACCCGGAGCCCAAAGUGCCGUUCGAGCUGCCGCCUCGCACCACCUCCCCACCUCCCACCAGGCCGCCCACUCGGCCACCCACUCCUCCCCCGACCAGGCCACCCACUCGUCCUCCGACGAGGCCGCCACCCACUUACUUGCCGCCCACCAACAAGCCUCUGCCGCCGGUGACCACCCGUGCUCCGCCACCACCGCCGCCACCAAGGACUCCUCCUCCAACCAGGCCACCAACUCGGCCCCCAACCACCCGUCCCCCGGCAACUUACCUGCCGCCCACCAACAAGCCACUGCCGCCAGUGACCACUCGUCGCCCGACUCCUCCUCCACCACCAAGGACCACCCAACGGCCGACCACUCCGGCUCCAACCUACUUGCCGCCCACGAACAAGCCUCUGCCGCCAGUGACCACCCGUGCUCCCCCACCACCGCCGCCACCAAGGACUCCUCCUCCAACCAGGCCACCAACUCGGCCACCAACCACCCGUCCCCCGGCAACUUACCUGCCGCCUACCAACAAGCCACUGCCGCCAGUGACCACUCGUCGCCCGACGCCGCCUCCUACCAGGCCACCGCCGCCUCCUACCCGCGCUUCGACUCCGGCUCCCACCUAUCUGCCGCCCACGAACAAGCCGCUGCCUCCAGUGACCACCCGUGCUCCAGUGCGCACCACUCAGCCUCCCACGAGGCCACCAACGAGGCCACCAACUCGUCCUCCAACCAGGCCGCCAACCACCUAUCUGCCACCCCCAACUGUGCGCACCACUCAGCCCACUAGACCACCAACUCGUCCUCCAACCAGGCCACCAACCACCUACCUGCCACCCCCGACUGUGCGCACCACGCGUCCUCCUCCCCCACCAACUCGCCCCCCGACUGCGCCGCCCACCACCCGUAGGCUGACCACACCGGCUCCUACUUACCUGCCACCUACCAACAAGCCCCUGCCGCCAGUGACCACUCGUGCCACGACCCGUGCUCCAGUGCGCACCACUCAGCCACCUACCAGGCCGCCAACUCGCCCUCCCACUCGUCCACCAACCCGCCCUCCCACUCGUCCCCCAACCACAUACCUGCCACCUCCGACUGUGCGCACCACCCGUCCUCCUCCACCACCCACCCGUCCACCAACCCUUCCCCCAACCCGUCCCCCAACCCGUGCAUCCACUCCCGCUCCCACAUACCUGCCACCCACCAACAAGCCUCUGCCGCCAGUGACCACUCGUGCUCCUGUGCGCACCACACAGCCACCUACCAGACCACCAACCCGCCCACCCACUCCUCCUCCCACAAGGCCACCCACUCGUCCCCCAACACGCCCACCAACACCUCCUCCCACUUACCUGCCCCCCGUGACGGUUCGUACCACUCGUCCUCCGCCACCACCCACCAAGCCACCAACUCGUCCUCCCACGAGGGCCACCCAGCCACCCACUAGGCCACCAACCAAGCCUCCUACCAGGCCACCGCCGCCUCCUACCCGCGCUUCGACCCCCGCUCCCACUUAUCUGCCGCCCACGAACAAGCCACUGCCCCCAGUGACCACCCGUGCUCCAGUGCGUACCACUCAGCCGCCCACGAGGCCACCAACUCGUCCCCCAACUCGUCCCCCAACCAGGCCGCCAACCACCUAUCUGCCACCCCCAACUGUGCGCACCACCCAGCCCACUAGGCCACCAACUCGUCCUCCUACCAGGCCACCAACCACCUACCUGCCACCCCCAACUGUGCGCACCACGCGUCCUCCUCCCCCACCAACUCGCCCCCCGACCGCGCCUCCAACCACCCGUAGGCUGACCACCCCCGCCCCCACCUAUCUGCCGCCCACCAACAAGCCCCUGCCUCCAGUGACCACUCGUGCCACGACCCGUGCUCCAGUGCGCACCACUCAGCCACCUACCAGGCCGCCAACUCGCCCUCCCACUCGUCCCCCAACCACGUACCUGCCACCCCCGACUGUGCGCACCACGCGCCCGCCGCCACCACCCACUCGCCCACCCACUCGUCCCCCAACCCGUCCUCCCACUCCCCCACCCACGUACCUGCCCCCAGUCACCACCCGUGCGACCCGCCCGCCACCACCGCCCACCGUGAGGACCACUCCUUACGUGCCACGCCCCACUGUGAGGACGACACAGUAUGUGCCACCGGUGACCGUGAGGACCACCCCCUACGUGCCUCAGACCACCAAGCACCAGGGCUACCAGUACCCUCCCCCCAGCAUCCCCUUCGAGUUCUAGGGCGAUGAGGUGCUCCCCCCUCCGUCUCCGUCUCCGUCUAGCAUCGCAGUAGCAGGCACUUGUCCAGGGCUAGAUUGGUCUAGUCAUACUCGUACAGUCUAACGUCACACGAUCACGAGUCCGGAAGGACGACACCUGUUUGUUUUUAUUUUAUUUUUGUAAUGUAAUUAAUGCCUGCCCGCACAGUCAGGGAUCGCUGGCUGGAGGGCAGUACCAGUACCAGUACGGCUCGUACAGCUAACAGUCUCUAUCCAACUCUUGCUAUGUUCUAUGUUACCACGCUACGAUCGAUGGGCGCCGUCGCCUGUGACGGGCGCCAGCUCAAGACUAUAUAGCUCUAUAUUACGA